GCAGCACAAACUCCAGCUUCCGGGUUUCCGAGCGGGAAGUUCAGAUGUUCUUGUUGUUCUUGUUGUUCUUGUUGUUGUUUGCUAAAAAAAUGUAACAACGACUUAAAUGCUCCGUUUACCUCGUUCAACACACAGAUAAAAAACACCUUUAGAAGAAAGUUUAACUGAGCUCUGCAACCAUGUCCAGUGACGCAGAGGAGAGGAGCAACUCUGCACCCAAAGGUUUCGGACAGUGUACCUACACAGCCGAGGAGUACCAGGCGGUGCACAACGCUCUGCAGAGGAAGCUGGGACCAGAGUACAUCAGUACCAGAGUGGCUGGAGGAGGACAGAGGGUGUGCUACAUCGAAGGCCAUCGUGUAAUCAGCUUGGCCAAUGAGAUGUUUGGAUACAACGGGUGGUCUCACUCCAUCUCUCAGCAGAACGUCGACUUCGUCGACCUCAUCAACGGGAAGUUUUAUGUUGGAGUCAGUGCGUUUAUCAAAGUGCAGCUGAAGGACGGGUCGUUCCAUGAGGAUGUCGGGUACGGAGUCAGUGAAGGACUGAAGUCUAAAGCUCUGUCACUGGAAAAGGCGAGAAAGGAAGCUGUCACUGAUGGCAUGAAGAGAGCACUGAAAUGCUUCGGUAAUGCCCUUGGAAACUGCAUCCUGAAUAAAGAAUACCUCCUAUCCAUUAAUAAAAUCCCAAAACAGCCUCCUCCUCCUCUAGACCCAGCGAAGACUAAGCGCUCUGAGGGUGAGCCAUCAGUGGAGAAGGCCCGGUUCUCCAGUCUGGUCCGGGAGGAAAAGCUUCUAUCUGCAGUGGGUCCUAGCAGGAUGCCGCUGGAGCCCAGAGUCCUCAACCAGAACCAGAACUGUUCAGAAGUUCACACUCCUAAUGUUGGUCCUGCUCCCAACAGGGAGAGUGAGAAUGUCGGCUCCAGAACCAUCGUGGGCUCGGGGGACAUUGUUGGGUCUGAGGAGCACACAGACCCCAAACAGCUGAGAAAGCUCCGACAGCAGCAGCUUCAGCAGAAGUUCAGGGAAGAGAUGGAGGCCAAGAGGCUGCAGCAGAAACAGGAUCAAACAAAGUCUGAGGACACAGAAGUCGCUAUUGGACCAGGAAGUAAUGAGGGUGUACCUGCGUUCAGUGAGAGCACCUCGGCUGGACACAGGAAGCCCAGCAGCAGGGACGAGUAUUUAGCAGAUGAUCCUGAGCUCUGGGAUUUCACUCUGGAUGGGAUUGAGGAGCUGAAUGUCCCUGCAGGCGGCCCACCCUCCAGAGGGCUCAGGCCCAGCACGCCCAGAAAUCACCAGAUGCAGACGCGCAGCAAGACCCCUCAAAGAGCCCCGGGAAGGCCUCCAGAGGAGGCACCGUCGUACGGCAGGGGACAGGACUGGGCUCAGUCCAGACCUCAACAUCAAAACCAGUAUCAGGCGAGACCAGGUGAAAUGUUGAGUCCGUACAGACAAGGACAGUACAUGAAGAAACGCCGACUGGACACUUGAGAGUUAAUGUUACUGUUGCACAGCUUCUUUAAAUCCUUUAAUGUUACGUUUGUUUCAUAUUUAUUUCAAUGUGAAGUUCAUUUUGUAAUGCUGCUAUAUCUGAUAUUUGGAGAAAUGUUAUCAGGUUUUGUAAAAAAAAUAAAAACAUGACCACAGAA